CGCUUAAUUGCCAUGACGCCGUCGUCUUCUAAGCACAAGCGACAGUCGUCAUCAGUGCAUCGCGCAUCUCUGGCCGCCCAAAAGACCGAAGUCAAGAUUCAUGUUUAUGACCUGUUACCAAAUCCANNGCCUGGCCGUCUCUCCAACCUCCUCUGGCACGUCGGCGGCUCCCUCUUACAUUCCGGCGUAGUAAUCAACGAACGAGAAUACGCAUACGGCGGCCACGACCGCAAAGGCGUCAGCGGAGUCUACUGGACAAAACCAAAACUCGAACCUCCAGGCGGCACCUUUCGCUGCGAAAUCAUUCAUGGGUUCAGCGUGCUCUCUCCACAAGAAAUCACCGAUAUAAUCAACGAUGCUUCGAGGGUCUUUCAAGGCACACGAUACAACCUGCUCAGCAACAAUUGCAACCACUUUUCUUCGUAUUUGUGCGAGAGGUUGACUGGCAGACCGGGUCCUGCGUGGUUGAACCGAGCUGCUAGCGUUGGUCUUGCGCUGCCGUGCGUGGUCCCCAAAGAAUGGAUCACCCCUCCCGACCACGAGACUGCAGAUGGAGAGUUGAUCGACGAGGAAGAGGAAGAACACGACGACGACGAAACAGCAGCCAUGCUUCCCCGUGACAAACGAACGAAACGCGACAAAGUUAGCAACAAGCGCAUUACUUCCAGAGACAAGACUCCGCCACCACGACUCGUUUCCGUCAAAGAUACCAGUGGUAGAGAGAUGCCUGCCAGUGAAAGAGCACCGAUGCCUAAGAGAUGA